AUGCAAGAUUGUUCUCACGGUGGCCAGUUCCAAAUUUACCAUAUUGCCCAGAAAAAUCGACUUCAUCAUCUGGGAACAAAGGUAUUAAUGGAUACUGUCGAUCAGUUGGUUGCUCGAGAAUGUUCCAUUCGGUUGAAAGUUUUCAUUUUGGUAUUUGGUGAUAGAUUUGGCCAGGCUCUUCCAGUAACUUCUGGGGCAGGAAGAUCCUAG